AUCUAUAAAACACUAUUUCCUGAUGGAUCAAGGGGACUUUUUUGUUCACUUCAUGGAUCUCACUGAAGAGGAACUCAAGAAGCCUGUAGAUGACAUCAUAACUACGAGGCUAGAGGCCCUGCUUGAAUUAGCCCUGCGAAUGAGCACAGCCAACACAGAUCCUUUCAAGGACGAUUUAAAGAUUGACUUGAUGCCCCACGACCUCAUUACCCAGCUCUUGAGAGUAUUGGCCAUAGAAACAAAACAGGAGAAGGCCAUUAUUAGUGCAGAUCCCACAGAGCUCACUCUCAGCGGUCUGGAAGCAUUUUCCUUUGACUACAUCGUUAAGUGGCCUCUGUCCCUUAUUAUAAACAGGAAAGCACUGACAAGAUACCAGAUGCUUUUCAGACACAUGUUCUAUUGCAAACAUGUGGAAAGACAGUUGUGCAACGUUUGGAUAAGCAAUAAGACGGCAAAGCAAUUCUCCCUGCAUUCAGCUAAGUGGUUUGCUGGUGCUUUCACGCUGCGGCAGCGGAUGCUGAAUUUUGUACAGAAUAUCCAAUAUUACAUGAUGUUUGAAGUGAUGGAGCCAACAUGGCACAUUCUUGAGAAGAACCUGAAGUUGGCAUCUAACAUCGAUGAUGUCCUGAGCCACCACACAAGCUUCUUGGAUAACUGCUUGAAGGACUGCAUGCUAACCAACCCGGAGCUGCUGAAGAUCUUCUCCAAGCUGAUGUCCGUCUGCGUCAUGUUCACCAACUGCAUGCAGAGGUUCACCCAGAGCAUGAAGCUGGAUAAUGAGAUGGACCGACUCACCUUAGAGCAUGGCACCAUGCUGGGCCCACCAACAGAGGAGGAGCGUGCUGAAGAGACUGCAAAGAAGAAGCUGACUAAUAAGCUUUUAGCAGAGCAUGCCGACAACCUCCACCUGACAUCUGGCUUCGAAGCAACGAUCAACAAGUUUGAUAGCAAUUUCUCAACACAUCUGCUGGACUUGUUGGACAAACUGAGUGUUUACAGCACCAAUGACUGUGAGCACAGCAUGCUCAACAUCAUCUACAGGUGA